UGCAGCCAACUAUGUCUCACAGCCUUUAUCUUCUGAAAUGCUGCUUGUUCAUGCAAUUGCAUCAGAGUGAACUUGAAGUGUUCCUUCAAACAGUCUUGUAUGUAGCUCCCAGUUCAGUUAUUUGUUUCUCUCGCUUACAACAGAAUACGAAACUAAAAUCACGGCCCACUAUACUUCGACUUCUAGGGUUUCAAUAAAUUCGGAAGUACAGGUGGUUAUGAUUUUAAUUUCAGGCAGUAGUGUAGGUAAUCCGCGGUAUUGUUAAACCCAGAAUAGUGAUAGAAAGCUGUUGAUGUUAUAUGAGUAUGCUUAAAACAAUUUUAAAUAAGGUUUUAGGUCGACCACUAUCGAACAUGGCAUCUAAUGGCAAGUUAAGGGGAAAAGUUGCAAUCGUCACUGCAUCAACUGAUGGCAUUGGUUUUGCAAUUGCUGAACGUCUAGCUGCAGAUGGAGCCAGUGUCGUCGUAAGCAGUCGUAAAGAGAAUAAUGUUACCAGUGCUGUCGAGAAACUGAAAGCAUGCGGAUAUUCAGUUUCUGGUGUUGUAUGUCAUGUGUCAAAAGCAUCUGACAGAGAACGUCUUAUUAAGGAAGCUCAAGAUAAAUUUGGUGGGAUUGAUAUUCUUGUUUCAAAUGCUGCUGCUAACCCAGGGGUUGGACCUGUGUUGGAGAGCCCUGAAGAAGUGUGGGACAAGAUAUUUGAGGUGAAUGUAAAAGCUGCCUACCUCUUGUCCAAGGAGGUCCUGCCUUACUUGAGGAAGCGUCAUGGUGGUAGCAUUGUGUAUAUAUCUUCUAUUCUAGGUUUUGAGCCUCUAGGGCAGCUGUUAGGUGUCUACUCUGUUAGUAAGACUGCAUUGUUGGGCCUCACCAAAGCAGCAGCCAAAGACUUGGCAUCAGAAAACAUCAGAGUUAAUUGUGUUGCACCUGGCAUUGUCAUCACAAAGUUUUCUGCAGCUUUGCGUGAAUCAAAGGAAAGUGAGGAAUUACUUCUUCAAAAUAUUCCCAUGAAACGGCUGGCUGUACCUAAGGAGAUUUCUGGUGUUGUAUCAUUUCUGGUAUCAGACGAUGCCUCAUAUAUUACUGGAGAAACUAUUGUUGCUUCUGGAGGCAUGGCAUCUAGACUGUAGGCUUGUAUAAGUAAUGCUUGAAGGAGGUAGAGUUCUGUGUUUUUACAAGAGGCAGUACAGAGUCAGGACAUGGACCUCAGGGGAAGGCUGGGGUACUGUUUACCAUGCGUCUCCAACAUCAAGGAAUCAAGAUAGCUGUCUUCUGGGUUGUAGUGCCAUGUAGUGUGGUAGACGUGUACAAGCAUUUCAGAGGUCCCUGCUGCCUCUAAAACGUUUGUAACUUCUACCAGACUACAGGGCGCUACAACCCGCAAGACAACCAACUUCGUACUCACCACCAUGAGACCCUCAAAUCAAGGAAUCAGUUGUACAUUAUAGCAUAGUGAACUGAAAAUAUAAGUCAGUAUGGAUGCUCAUACAAUUGGAUAGACUAUACUCUGGUAAAAUACUUCUCCCUGUUUUUUUAACAUGAAGUACUGGAUGAAAAGGACAUGGUACAGGCACUGGAAUAAGAUUUACAAAAAAAGUUAUGUUCAAAGUAGUCAUAAUAAUGUAAUGUAUAGAGUUAGACACAAUGUCUUCCGUCACCCAACCAUUGUUCUCUUACGUCCUCUUGCCCAUACUUCAUUGAACUUUUUCAGUACCUCAUGUGAUUCCUUUUUGUUUUCUUUCAUAUAAGCAUCUAAAAUAGUUGCGAAGAGUCUGUCUACAUUAGCAUGAGUACUCAUCAAUGCCCGCUGUAACACAUAGAGAUCCACAGCUUUGUCUUCCAUACUUGAUUCCACAUGACUCAAACCAAAGUCAAUUAAAACAAUGGUUAGGGUAUCUUUUUCAUCCUUCACUAGUAACAUGUUUGAUGAUGUUAAAUCACCAUGAAUAAUGUUGUUUGCAUGUAACUUUCCUAAUACUUUGCCAAUUUCUUGAGCAAUUGGGUAUAAUUUCAUUAGCAGGCUACCUGCAGUUCCAGCUUCAUUCUCUGCCUCCUCAGAUAUUUGUGUGAUAUAGUCUUUUAUUGUUGUACUAUUCUGUACAUCUUCCAUGUAUAUACAUCUCCUUUCAAAAUCAACUAAAUACAAGGCAGGAGUGUGGAUUCCUAUAAAGAAAUGUUUGAUGCUUCACUAAAAGACCUGUUAAUUACCUGUAUAAAAAGACUCGUGAGAAUGUUACUUAUGACAGUUAAGGUAAAAAUAUUCAAUAGACUUUGAUGCUUUCAAGAUGUCUCGAGUAAAACAUAUUCUGGGACAAAUUUAUGCCCACUUUGUUUCAAAUGCUCUGAUCUAUUUGGCAAGGCUAUUAAGAACUACAAAUUAAUUACACUAUUUAGUGAUCCAUUUCUGUGCUUAAUUUACUCUUGUACAGACUAUGCAAAAGUUGCAUUUUCUUUAUUUACUCAUACACUUUUACAUUGUUGCCGUGUUUGUAAUUAUUAACACACAAAAGUGACCCAUACAGAAUUUGUAUUUAUGUUUGUGAUCUUCAUAUGAGAUUUUACAUACCUAACUCUAAUGGCCAAAUGUAGUUGCAAUUACAAAAUGGAAAGUUAA